GGCCACCGCAUCUAUCAAGCACCAUGAACCAACACUCCCCCACAUCGUCUUCCGGACCUGAAGAUGCCGCCGACAACACUGCUGAUGAGGAGGAUUCCGAGGAUUACUGCAAAGGAGGAUACCAUCCCGUUCAGAUCGGCGAGAAGUUUAAGGACGGGAAAUAUACGGUUGUGCGAAAGUUAGGAUGGGGUCAUUUCUCGACAGUCUGGUUAUCGCGAGACAACACGAACGGUAAGCACGUCGCGUUGAAGGUCGUGCGAUCCGCCAGUCACUACACCGAGACCGCCAUCGACGAGAUCAAGCUUCUCCAGCGAAUCGUCCAAGCUAACCCCAACCACCCCGGCCGAAAAUACGUCGUCAGUCUUCUCGACUCGUUCGAACACAAGGGACCGAAUGGAGUGCACGUAUGCAUGGUGUUUGAGGUUCUCGGAGAGAAUCUACUUGGAUUAAUAAAGAAAUGGCAACAUCGGGGUAUCCCUCGGGAUCUCGUCAUGCAGAUCACGAAGCAGGUAUUAAUGGGCUUAGAUUACCUGCACAGAGAAUGCGGUAUCAUCCACACAGAUCUGAAGCCGGAAAACGUAUUGAUAGAGAUUGGCGAUGUUGAACAAGUGGUCAAGAAGGUGGUCAAGAAUGAGAGUUCGGACAAGGAGAACAACAGAAACGGGCGACGACGAAGACGGACUCUCAUCACUGGUAGUCAACCGUUACCAUCUCCCCUAAACGCCAACUUCAAUCGAGAUAACCUAUUCCCGUCGCCCAAAUCACACAGCAGCCUUAACGCAAUGUUACACGAUGCAGCAGCCACGCCGAGCUCCUCUACAAGUGACAAGCAAGGGCAACGAGAGAAGACAGCGUUUCUCGACAGUGAUCUCCUUACGAAGGAGGUGUCCGGGAUCUCCCUAGAUAAAUCUUCUACAGGUGGCACGUCAUCAAGUGGCGAGAAGAGGAAAAGAAAACGUAGAGGUCCCAUCAUCAACGUCAAGAUUGCGGAUUUGGGCAACGCCUGCUGGGUGUCCCAUCACUUUACAAACGAUAUUCAGACGCGGCAAUAUCGAUCGCCCGAGGUUAUUCUAGGCGCGAAAUGGGGAGCAAGCACCGAUGUGUGGAGUAUGGCGGCGAUGGUUUUCGAGUUAAUUACCGGCGACUAUCUUUUCGACCCCCAAUCCGGGACUAAGUAUGGGAAGGACGACGACCACAUCGCACAGAUCAUCGAGCUUCUUGGCCCGUUCCCUAAAGAACUUUGGAAGACUGGUCGCUGGUCCCAGGAAAUCUUUAACAAGAGAGGGGAACUUCGCAAUAUCCACCGCCUCCGACAUUGGGCACUUCCCGACGUCCUCCGUGAGAAGUACCACUUUAAGGAUUUGAAAGACAUACCUCAGGCACAGCGGGAAGAAAGGGAGAAGGCUCAGAGGGAACGAGCCGAGGCCAAGGCCAAGGCUAAGAUGGAAGCAAGGAAAAACGGCGAGGAUGAGGAUGCUGUUGAAGAUUUAUUCCCUGACGACGAAGCGACUCUGGAGUAUCAGCCCACCGAAGUCUCUGAGUUCCUGCUACCGAUGCUCGAACUGUUGCCGGAAAAACGAGCGAAUGCCGGUGGCAUGUCGAAUCACCCCUGGUUGGACAAUACCCCGGGUAUGGAAGAUAUCAAGCUGGAGGGGCUCGUGCCUGGAAGCCGGGGCGAGGGAAUCGAAGGUUGGGCCGGCGAGGUGAAGAAACGAUAGGGGCGUUCGCGUCGAUCACUAGCUCUCGAUGACGGCGAUAAUAAGAAUACGCGAGGUUAGAGCUAUGAAGAUAGUUUAUUUGAGCUAUUGGAGAAGACAAUGAGCAAAGACCGGUCCUUCCUUUUUGCCGAGGAAUGAGAAAGAAAGAAAGAAAGAAACAGAAGAAGAAUCUAGCAUAGAACGGGCUUUCGAUCAAUGAUUUACGAGUCCGAUCGCGGAGGCCGAACAGAGCAAGGAGAGAGAUUCACGUGAAAGAAAAUCGAUGAUAAGAACAACUUUGACGAAAUUUUUGUUCUAGGAGUGAUGAAUACGGUGUGUUUUAUUGUAGUAGAACCAAAUAUGGGGCCUCUGCCCCGUCUCUUCUG